UGUCCUCCUCUUUUGUGGCUUUUGGAGAUAGGAUCAGUCGUACUUCUUAUUCAUUCUGAUUUUCUGAUCAACAUCCAAUUUCAAUGGCGGCUAACUGUUCCUCUCUUACACCCUCGCCAAUGGCUCUUUCCGGUGGCUCCGCCACCUCCUCCGCCACUCCUCGUCUCCUUUCACUUUCUCCAACUACCUCCGCCAGACCUUCGUCCCUCUCAUUCCAUUUCCUCUCUUCGUCCUCUUCUGUCGCUGCAUCUCUCAAAUGCCUCAAAUUAUCUCAUCAGAAACGAACAAAGCUUCAUUCGUCCAGUGGUGACUUCGGCGCAGUGGUUACCACGAAAUGCUUUGCAUCUAACCCUGAUCAGCUCAAGUCUGCUAGAGAAGACAUUAAAGAACUCCUCAAGACUACCUACUGUCAUCCUAUUAUGGUUCGCCUAGGAUGGCAUGAUGCUGGAACUUACAAUAAGAAUAUUGAAGAAUGGCCUCAAAGAGGUGGAGCUAAUGGAAGUUUAAGGUUUGAUGUUGAACAGAAACACGCAGCCAAUGCUGGGCUUGUAAAUGCUCUCAAGCUUCUCCAGCCUAUCAAAGACAAGUAUGCAACCAUAACUUAUGCAGACUUGUUCCAAUUAGCAAGUGCUACAGCUAUUGAGGAGGCUGGAGGUCCCAAGAUUCCUAUGAAGUAUGGACGUGUUGAUGUUUCUUCACCUGAUCAAUGUCCAGAAGAAGGGAGACUCCCAGAUGCGGGCCCACCUUCACCUGCUUCUCACUUGCGUGAUGUUUUCUACAGAAUGGGAUUGAAUGAUAAGGAAAUAGUUGCAUUAUCCGGGGCCCACACUUUGGGGAGAUCCAGACCUGAACGCAGUGGCUGGGGAAAGCCAGAGACUAAAUAUACGAAAGAAGGGCCUGGAGCCCCAGGGGGACAAUCUUGGACUGAAAAGUGGCUAAAGUUUGAUAAUUCCUACUUCAAGGACAUUAAAGAAAGAAGAGAUGAAGAUCUAUUAGUUUUGCCUACGGAUGCUGCCCUUUUUGAUGAUCCAUCAUUUAAGGUAUUUGCUGAGAAAUAUGCAGAAGAUGAAAAAGCAUUUUUUGAUGACUAUGCUGAAGCACAUGCUAAACUCAGCAACCUUGGAGCUAAGUUUGAUCCUACCGAGGGGUUUUCAAUUAAUGAUGAACCUGCAGCAGCAGUACCUGAGAAAUUUGUAGCAGCCAAGUACUCAUCCGGAAAGGAUUAAGAUACACAACAACUAUCUUGUUUUGUUAAGGAAUAAAUUUAAAAUAAUACAAGAAUGCAAUGCAAUGAAGCAAUGCUGAAAUGUUAAUAAUGGAGAUGGUAAGUUGAAAUAUUUGAAUUUGCAGAGAGAGCUUUCAGAUAACAUGAAGCAGAAGAUUCGUGCAGAAUAUGAAGCUGUUGGAGGAAGCCCUGAUAAGCCUCUUCAGUCGAACUAUUUUCUCAAUAUUAUCAUUGUCAUUGCUGUUUUGGCACUUUUGACAUCUCUACUUGGGAACUGAUUCGGUUUUUUUUUUGUUCCAUUUUUUUUUAAUUAUUUAUAGAGUUUGUGUUUAUAUUUUGGUUUUGGCUUUCCUUGAGAGUGUGUAGAGAUGCAAUGAUUGACUGAUAUAGUUGUUUACUGUGAGUAUUUUUAAUGUUGUCCAUUUUCGUA